AUGUCUCGUCCAGAAUUAUCAGGCCACGCCUCUAUUUUCUACAAUGAAAGAGAGGCACGAAAAUAUAACUCGUCCUCGCGUAUGGUAAAUGUGCAAAGAGAGAUCACUCUUCGAGCAAUCGAGCUUUUGCUCUUGUCCCCAGAUAAGGCGUCAUACAUUUUAGACAUUGGAUGUGGUAGUGGGCUCAGUGGUCAGGUUUUGGAAGAAAAAGGGCACAUUUGGGUAGGAUGUGAUGUUUCAAGAGACAUGCUUCAGGUCGCUCAUGAGAGGAUUGAUGAUUCUUUCGAUGGGAACAACAAAAAUGUCGAAAACGACGAAGGCAGCGAUGAGGUUCACGACCCACCGCUAUCCACCGGAGACUUAUUACAUCAUGACAUGGGAACCGGACUGCCCUUUCGACCUGCCACGUUUGAUGCCUGCAUUUCUAUUUCCGCACUUCAGUGGUUAUGCUACAGCAACUCUGCUUCCCAGAAUCCGAAGCGCCGGCUUCUUCGUUUCUUCUCACAGCUGUAUGCUAUUCUGAAGAAGAGUGCUCGUGCCGUUUUGCAGUUUUACCCGGAGACCGCUGAGCAAGCUGUUCUCAUCAGUGAAUGUGCUACAGCGGUUGGGUUUGGUGGAGGAGUUGUUGUAGAUUAUCCGAACUCUACGAAAGCAAAGAAACAUUACCUCGUAUUGAGCUGUGAUCGAACUUCUAGUAAACAAGUUCAACAAUCUAUGCCAUCUGUUGAGGAGCAAACUCAUGUCAGCGUUUCCGCAGCGUCGAGGAAAGGGAUAGAUAAACCUAUUCGAAAGAAGAAAGGGAUCAAAACAAAAGAAUGGAUCAUCAAAAAGAAAGAAACACAGAGAAAGAGAGGAAAGAGUGUCCGACCUGAUACGAAGUAUACGGCCAGGCGUCGUCCCACAAAGUUCUAG